GUACCAAAAGGCUUGGAGAUAAUUCUGAGGAUUACCCGUAAAUUACCACUUCAGGGGAAUAAUGGCUUUUAUUCUUUUACUCGCUCUGAUCCCAGCAGCCAUCUGCUCAACACAGCUUCCAGUCGACUGCAGUGACUUGUACAACAGAGGUUUUGGUCACAGUGGUGUGUACACCAUCUACCCAGCAGGACCAGUGUCACCUGUCCAGGUCUACUGUGACAUGGGCUGUGAUGAGGAAAGUGGUAAAUGGACUGUGAUUCAGAGUAGAAAAGAUGGCACCAUGAACUUUUAUCGUGGAUGGGACCAGUACACAACUGGAUUUGGACAAGCAUCAGGAGAAUACUGGCUGGGUCUGGAGAACAUCCAUGUCCUCACUCAGAGGAAGAGCUAUGAACUGAAGAUAGACAUGGAGGACUUUGAGGGCCACAAGGCCCACGUCUAUUAUUCCAACUUCUCUGUGGGUUCGGAGCAAGACGGCUACAAUCUUAAACUCAGUGGCUUCAGAGAUGGAGGAGCUGGAGCUUCAUUCACUGGCCAUAAUGGUCUGAAGUUUUCUACAUUUGACAAAGACCAGGACACUUAUGCAGGCAACUGUGCUAAGAUCUACCUGGGAGGAUGGUGGUAUGGAGCAUGUCACGGUGUUAACCCUAACGGCGCUUACUUAUGGGGCAGCUCAACCUACGGGAUCGGAAUCAACUGGUAUUCUUGGAAAGGACAUGAAUAUUCUCUGAAAUCAAUCGCAAUGAAGAUACAACCCAAACACUGAUGUUAGAUGUCAGAUUAUCACACUUACCACAUGCACUGCCUUUUUUACUGUGACCAGUGACGAUACUAUGGAAGUUAAAGUUUGUUUUAUUUCUCUCUCUUUUGGGGGAAAAAAAACAUUAUUCUUCGUGGGGGUAAAAUAUCUUUGUGUAUUUCAUUGUGCUAAAUAAGUUCUUCAGCAUCAAUGCAAAAACCUUGUGUGAUGAAUAAAGAUUUUAUACAUGGAGCAGCUUUUGCAAUACUGUGUACAAAGAGGACAAAACAAGGAGCACUUUUAUUAAUUUAUGGAUCUAUUGACAUAAUUAUUAUCCAAAUAAGAGUGUUAUUUCUAACAAAAGUUACACUAGAGAAAAUAGGGUCAGAAAUACAAAAUAAUAAUGACGAGUUUAAUAAUACACGUCAUCAUUUAUGUAGUGUUGAAGAAAAUCAGUUUAAAAAUAAUGACAAUCAAGGCAAUAAUAAUAAUAUUCUCAUAAAUAUGAUCUGUUUUAUUAUCAGGCUCAUUUGGAGGCCAUGUUCAUGUGUCACAAGAAUUUGGCAAUCACCCAAGGACAGGCUGGACCUGCACUUAGUUCGUUACUACCUAAAUAUUCCAAAAACUGCUGAUUUGGCAAUCAAAGUAAUCAAUCAACGUACAAUUGCCAAGAACUGUUUACGCAGCAGCAAAAGUAACCAAUCAGAGUAAGAGGGGGCAAACCCCUCCCUUACAGAUGGUAAAAAAAGGGAAAAGACAUAUGAUAACCACCAUUAGAACAGCUUAGCCUAAGCUAAUCGUGGAAAACACGUGAUUUGUGAGAACAAAAAGAAUAAGGCGGGGAAAAUGAAUGGGGAUUGCCCAUUCCCAGAGGAUAAAUACAAGAUGCUCAGUGAAUGUAAGUCAGUGUCACAGUGUCAUGCUGUGUGCUCACCUUGGUGUUUGAUUGUGGAUCCAGAAUUAAAUGUUUUUUGACCUGAA